CAUCGAAACUAAAACGAAGUCAUAUUGCCCCUCCUCCUCCUGAUCCUGAUGCAAAACUGAAUCAUCGGAAUCAUAUUGUUUUUAGGAGUAGAAAAGUUUGUGUAUAAAUAGAGGUGGGGGUUGUGUGAGCUCUUUCAAUCAAAUCAAAGCCUAACGAAACGAGCAUCCAACUUGGAUUUCUUCUGGUUUACUUACAAAAUGAAAAACCAAAAGUCUUGUUGCGGAUUCGGAUCUAUGAAUUCAGAUUGGUCAAAUUUGCCUAAGGAGCUUCUAUAUUUAGUUCUAGAGAGAUUGGAGUCACCAUUAGAAUUUAGGCUUGUUUGUAAGCCAUGGCGUUCUGCUGCAAAGAAUACGAAAACCACCAAGAUGUUUACCCCACUGAUCUUGAUUUCUGAACCAAAAAAGGAUAUAUGGAAUGCAUAUAAUGUGGUGGUUGACAAGGUCCUUAAGCUGCAAUUAAAAUUGCAAAACCAACGAUUUUGUGGGUCUUCAAAAGGAUGGUUAAUAGCUGUAGAUGAAAAUUCUGUUGUAUCCCUAAUAAAUCCAUUCCUUGGAGUUGGACGGAAAAGAGAGAAAGAAAACUCAGUCAUUCGACUUCCUCCGCUAAGCACUCCAAAUCGGAGGAGAAACUUUUAUCUUAAAAGACGAUAUGAUCAUCUCAUCUAUAAGGCCACAAUUUCAGCGGACCCAAUAUUAGAUCCCAACAAUUGCAUUAUUCUGGUUAUAUAUGAGGAGUUGUCCCAAUUGGCUUUUAUUAGACUCAAUAGAGACAAAAAAUGGACUUAUGCUGAUAAAAGUGUCGAUCAAAGUUGGCGCUUAAUUGAAGAAGUUGUUCAAUUCCAAGAUAAGUUUUAUGCUCUUGAUCGCCUUGGUAAACUUUGUUCUUUUGAUAUUACUACUCAAUCCAUUUUAAAUGUGAAUUUAGUUGCACAUGGCGCGCAACACGAUCGUGGAUAUGACUAUAAGAGAUAUCUCGUGGUUUCUAAUGAGAACAAAAUAUUGAUGGUUGAAAAGUGCUUUGUCUAUAUCCCUCCCAUACGCUUCACAAGGAAAUUUAGAAUAUUCGAAUUGAAUUUCAAAAUGGGUGAGUGGGUCGAGAAAAAUACUUUAGGUGAUGCUGCUCUUUUUGUGGGUGAUAGCUCUUCAAUAUGUGUCUUGGCUUCAAAGUUGGGGUGUCGUCCGAAUUGCAUUUAUUUCAAUCAUGAUAAUAACCGUACAGCAGACGAUUUCUCAUAUUAUGGACCUCAUGAUUAUGGUGUGUACAACAUGGAAAAAAAGAGCGUUUUAAAACCCUACACCGAAGAUGCGAAGAUCUUACUAAAGAAGAGCAGACAACCUUCAAUUUGGGUUGUACCAAGUUGUGUUAUGUAAAAUACUUUUUACAAUAUUUCUUGUUUUUCUUUGCUCACCAUUUAAUGUUUGGGAUUUAUGUUUCUGUAACUCUUUUAUUUUUGGUCCUAAUGUUUUUGUAACUCAAUUUAUGGGUUCUCAUAUAAGGAAUGUUUGA